GCGCCAUUGCCGUCCUCAUGAUCGUUCCCUUAUAUACCGCGCUGCACCCUCCCGCCACUCUGCCUGCACUCACGCUCGCUGUUGAGAAUUGCCCUCUUGCACGAGAAAUUGCUUAUCGAAAGCGUGCUCGAAUUCUGUCUGUCGCUGACCGUCUCCUCUUUUAAGAUUGUGCCACUCUUAGCAUCCAAGCCAGCAUAGUCUCGUACCCAGUUUUUUCUGCAAACCUCACAACACACACCGUCAAAAUGCACUCCGCACUCGCCCUCGGCCUCGCUGCCUUUGCCGGCUUUGCCGCAGCUCAGGAGAAUACUCAGAAUGACUACCCCUACCGCAUCGAUCCGGAUAGCGUCACCCCGGCCAACAGACAAUUCUGGUGUGACCAGAACAUUGCUCAAUGCCCGCUCAUUUGCCUUCAGCAGCCCGGCGUCACCACCCAGACCACUUCGGUCAACGACUGCGAUCCCGAUGCGUUGAGCUACAGCUGUGUCUGCGAUAACGGCGUCUCCCCCAACAUCACCCAGUACUCCCAAACGCUGCCCUUCUUCAUCUGCCAAGAGUGGGGCAACCAGUGUGUCGCCAACUGCAACGGCGACGCUACCUGCCAAGACAGCUGCCGUGCCGACCACCCUUGUGGCGCUCAGUCUCCCUUCUUGGGCAACGCUACGUCGAGUUCUUCCUCGGCCACUGGAUCUGCCACUGGGUCUGCUGGUGGAUCUGCUACGACCACUCGUCCUCCCGCUACAGGCUUCGGUGGCGCUGCUGCUACCUCUGGUAGUUCGGGCUCGGGUUCGGGCUCGUCUGCCUCCGCCACCUUCGUCCCUGGCGCUGCUACCAGCAUGGCUGUGCUCUUCGGCAGCGUAUUCUUGGGAUUCGCUGUCCUGCUGUAAGCCGUGGAUUUUUCCGCGCCGCUCGUCCAUUAAACGUAAAUUUUUCUUCCGGAUCUUCUCCAUGCAUAGCGUCCGGGAUACAUACAGUCAUUUCACACCACAGAUACCCAACGGUACUUGCCGCUCAUUUGAAAGCAAACUGGGAGUUUAAUUAGCAAGGCGCAU